AUGAUAACAACAACAUCUAUAUCGUCGGUGAUAUUGACGAUCCUCAAACCCCUUGUAUUUAUAUAUCAAUUCAUUUAUCGAGUUUAUUGGUCAGGAUUAAAUCAACGUAAUAUAUUACAAUUGAUUCUAAAUUUUUGUAUUAAUUUCAGUCCAGUUUUCAUUUGGUUAUUAAUAUUUAAAAAUGCUGGAUUGAUCCCUCAUGAAAUACGUCCUAAAAUUCAUGUCAAAUUAGCAUAUCAUUUGGAUCAAUACAUUUUUGAAACUAUAAUUGGUGGCAUAGUUAAUAUUUUGGGAUUAGCAUCUCUGGGUUGGUUAUUAUAUCGUUUUGUUUAUCAACUGAAAUCGAGUAAUAACAAUAGCAACAGAAACAACCAUCACCAAAGUCAAAUUUCUGGUGAGUACCCUCCUAGCAAUGCCAAUGACAUUUAUUCAUUGUACAAGAUACCACAAAAUUAUGAAUUGGAUAUCGACAACGAUAGUAGUAGUAGUAAUAGCAGCAAUAAUAGUGAUAUUGAAUUAGAAUCAUUUCCUAAAGAAUUGUUGAAACCUUCUUAUAAUCAAUUACCACCAAUAAAUUUCCAAGACAAUGACGAUCAAAUACAAGACUCACAACUAGAUAACAAUAGGGUCCAUGAUGGCAAUUCAGAGAAUACUCGAUUUGCGCCAAUGGUAUUUAUCCCACAAUUAACUCUGGUUGAAGUUGGUCAAAUGGCACAAUCAAUCAAUAAUAAAAUUCUUAAUCAUAUUCAACCAAAAAAUUCAAAUUCUGGGUUCAAUUAUAAUUAUUCCCCCAUCAAUUCAUGGGAUUUUUGUCCAUCAUUAUUAUUAGCCACCAGUUGGUUUUUAUUAAAUUUUGUUCAUUAUUUACGUGAACCAAUACGAUUAUGGCAAGAUUAUUUAGCAUGGACAAGUUAUGUUUUAGGUCAUAUCACUGUGCCCAUUGUCACUGCUGUAUGGUUAUAUGUUUUCCAUGCUCCUGGUUCACUUAAAGCAUACAGUUUUGCCCUUGGAUUACAAAAUAUUUGUGGAGUUUUAACUCAUUUACUAUUCCCCAAUGCUGCACCUUGGUUUAUUCAUAUGAAUGGAGAGAAUGCUAAUGCUGAUUAUGAUACUCCAGGUUAUGCCGCUGGAUUAAUUCGAGUGGAUAUAGCAUUGGGUACUCAUUUAACAUCUAAUGGAUUUCAUGCUUCCCCCAUUGUAUUUGGUGCAUUACCUUCAUUACAUUCUGCUAUGGCAGUAAUGACAUUUUUCUUUGUUGGAUAUUAUUCAAGAUGGUAUAUUAUUAAAUUUUUGGCAUUUAUGUUUGUUAUGAUUCAAUGGUGGGCAACAAUAUAUUUGGAUCAUCAUUGGAGAUUAGAUUUAUUGGCAGGAUUGAUUUAUGCUUGUAUUUGGUUUACUAUUAUUUAUAAAUUGGUUAUUAAAUAUCAACAAGAAAGAUUUAUAAUGGCUAGAUUGAAAUAUCAAUUUAAUAAUGGUGGUAGUACCAUGGGAAUGAGAGUGUUUAGAAAUACUAAAAUUCAAUGGUUUUUCGAUCCCCUUAGCUAA